ACGACCUCGGAGGUGGAAAGAAAAACCGCGGUCCGCGCAUCAAUCAAAACUAAUACGGAUCACGACCUCGACGAGACUGUUACCAUUGUUUACGCGAACCAGAAACUAGACGACAACUACGAGAAAGAACUCAUUCAUCAGCACCUCCUCUCCCCGGAGCAACGACGGAAAACCGGCUUUGCGCAAGGCGGUGACAAGGACAUUGCGGCGAAGCUCGAAAUUUUAUUGCAGUCGGAACUCCGCGAGAUUUGGCGACUAUCCUGUGCAAAAGUAUCGCACCCGUAGUAAUCGCAAACAUGGAUUACAAAUCUUUUGCUGAAGGAAAAGGUAAGUCCGCAUUACAAAUUUUAUUUUUUAUGCUGAGGAAAUCCGUAAUGCAUUUAUACGAGUGCGAUACUUUUGCAAUGCAUAGCGACGGAUCAGCGACGAGAGGCGGGAGGCUGCGGUGCGGGCAGAUUGUUUAAAAAUUUACCUAACCCAGACGACCGGAAAACUCGAUCAGAAGGGCAUCAAGGGUAUCAAAUGUAAAAGUGUCUGGGUCUGGAAGAAUGCAACUUGUCAUGCUAAAUCUGGAGCAUGCAAAAAUCUGUGUUGCAUGAUUACCAAAAGUCGUCCAGUUUUGACCAAGUCGGGAGGGAGUUUCUCAUGCAGGAUAGGCAUCAGAGAGAUCCCACAGAGUCUGUCAUGCUAGGUCCUGCAUUCCAGACCUCAUGGGCCAUGGAAAAGCUGCAUGACAAAUCGCUCAUUCUUCCAGACCCAGACGUUUUUGCAAUGCAUCAAGGGCCUAGCGCUCGGGAUCCGGGAGUGCUUUCGUAGGGAACACAACACGCUGCCGAUGUUAUUAAUCCGGCGCACAACCCAACAGCAAGAACCGCCGCGGUCCAGGUCGUCCCGGGGGCGGUCGUCCUCAGCCCGGCGUGCGAUGAAUAAAGGACCC